AUGGCUGGAGUAAAGAAAAGAGGAGGAGGAAGAAGAAACCCCUCAAAUCGAACCUCUGGAACCUCACAAACGCCGAAUCGAAGACCCUCUAAUCUUCCCAGCAAGUAUGCCUUCACGCCAGCGAACCAGCGAGAUCCAGACACUGAUUCUCAGGGAAUUCCUGUCCCAAUCCUCCAUCCUCCAGUGAGACCUACCCCUAUUUACAGAGACUAUCCACCUCCGACAAAUCUGUUCCAGAACCCGAGUCAAAUUCGAGGAGCAUCCCCUUCCAGCGAAUCUCCAAUCAGGCGUUCUUUUGUUCAACCUCUCGCCUCUCCAUCAAAUACACCAGAAUUCACCGGAGAACUUCGAGAGUCUCCUCAUCCUUCAGUCACGAAUCAACCUCGGCAGUCUCCUCAAGUCUCGAAUCUACGUCGAGAGUCUCCUCAAGUCUCGAAUCUACGUCGAGAGUCUCCUCACGUCUCAAAUCAUCGUCCACCAUCUUCUCAACCUCGACCAGCCUCUGCAUCGCAUCACAGUUCUCAAGCGCAAAACUCACAUGAGGAAGACGAAGCAGGUUCUGAGGAUGACGGUUUAAGGCAAUCAAGUCUCCCAGCUGAUGUACUCGCCCAAUUACAUGACAUGCUUGUCCAGCCAGGCCGUGAGUUGUAUACCAUUGUCCUCUCUCCCACAUUAGAGCGUGGAACCACUUGGUAA